AUGGAGCUAACGGGCUGGCCUCACGGAACCAAUUGAUGACGUGCUGUUUUCAUCUUAACUACACGUUUCCUCGCUCAGCUGAAAUUAUGGACACAGUAAAAACUGGAUAGCUUCGUUUAAGCGCCAGCGUUGACUCCGAAACUGAAGUUUUCUAGUUUGCCGAGGUUCAACGAUGGUCCAGCAGUACCAGUCCCCUGUUCGGGUCUACAAGCACCCUUUUGAGCUCAUAAUGGCGGCCUAUGUGAGGAGGUUCCCAAAGUGCCCUUUGAUCCCAGUGUUUGUGGACAGUGAGAUCAUCAGACAGAGUCAAAAUGAAGAUGGCUCUGUGGUUGUAACUGAGAGGCGCUGCACGAUCGACAUUGAGGCCCCUCGACUUCUCAAACGGAUUGCUGGUGUAGACUAUCUGUACUUCAUCCAAAAGAACACCCUGAACCACAGGGACAGGACACUCCAGAUCGAGGUCCAUAAUGAGACAUUUUCUAACAGAGUCCUUGUCCGUGAAUGCUGCAAUUACACGGUUCAUCCAGACAAUGAAGACUGGACAUGCUUCGAGCAAACAGCUAGUCUUGAUAUUAAGUCCUUUUUUGGAUUUGAGAGCACAGCAGAGAAGAUAGCGAUGAAACAGUAUGCUAGCAGCAUUAAAAAGGGUAAGGAAAUAAUUGAAUACUACCUCAGAGAGCUGGAGGAAGAAGGAGUAACUUGCAUACCUCGUUGGAGCCCCCCAGCUGAAUCUGGCAGGGUUACUGCAAGACCCCGGCUGCUACCCCCUUCUACAGCCAGAGCCAUCCCAGUGAACAGUGCCAAGGAUGGGCUGCCUGGUAAAGACCAGGCAGGACCCACAGAGCAAGUGGCUGGUUCACCUGAUGACAAGUUGGAUGCUGACUACAUCAGACGUUACCUAGGUGAUUUAACGCCUCUGCAGGAGAGCUGUCUUAUUCGACUGCGACAGUGGCUACAGGAAACCCACAAGGGCAAGAUUCCAAAGGAUCAGCAUGUACUGCGCUUCCUCAGGGCUAGAGAUUUCAACAUUGACAAAGCCAGGGAGUUUUUGUGCCAGUCACUGACCUGGAGGAAGCAGCACCAGGUGGAUUUCCUGUUAGACACGUGGGAGUACCCACAGCUGCUUCACGAUUAUUUCACAGGAGGAUGGCACCACCAUGACAGAGAUGGCCGUCCUCUGUAUGUCUUGCGUCUGGGUCAAAUGGACACUAAAGGCUUGGUUCGGGCUUUGGGCGAAGAGAUGGUGCUCAGACAGGUUCUGUCCAUCAACGAGGAGGGACUGAGGCGAUGUGAGGAGAACACCAGAGUCUUUGGUCGACCCAUAAGCUGUUGGACAUGCCUGCUGGAUCUGGAGGGUCUUAACAUGCGUCACCUGUGGAGACCGGGAGUCAAGGCCCUGCUGAGAAUCAUCGAAGUGGUUGAGGCCAACUACCCAGAGACUUUGGGCUGCCUGCUCAUAGUGCGCGCACCCAGAGUUUUCCCAGUUCUGUGGACCUUGGUCAGUCCCUUGAUUGAUGAGAAUACUAGAAAGAAAUUCUUUGUUUAUGCUGGGAAUGACUACCAAGGUCCGGGAGGCUUAGUGGACUACAUUGACAGAGAGAUCAUCCCAGACUUCCUUCGAGGGGACUGCAUGUGUGACAUCCCUGAGGGGGGAUUAGUUCCCAAAUCACUGUACAGGACUGCAGAGGAACUGGAAAGUGAGGAAAACUGUUUGUUGACCGACUCUAUUUAUAAGAGUGCCAGCAUCUUUAAGGGGGCUCCAUAUGAGAUUCUGAUUGAGAUCACAGAAUCCUCUUCCGUCAUCACCUGGGACUUUGAUGUGUCUAAAGGAGAUGUGACCUUUAACAUUUACCAUUCCAAGAGGGCUCCUCAGCCUCCAAAGAAAGACUCUCUAGCAGCACAUGGCAUCCCUUCCCUCGGGGCUGUUAAUGCCCAGUUGAUAGAUAGGAGCUGGGUUCUGGGCCAGGAUUACAGCAUGGUGGAGAAAGCUCUCACCUGCAGGGAAGGAGAGAGUGUACAGGGCUCCCACAUAACACGCUGGCCUGGCUUCUACAUCCUCCAGUGGCGUUUCCACAGCUCUGCAGCCUGCGCUGCCUCCAGCCUGCCUCGUGUGGAUGAUGUCUUGGCCUCCCUGCAGGUCUCGUCCCACAAGUGCAAGAUAAUGUACUACACCGAGGUGCUGGCGUCGCAUGACUUCAGGGGAUCCAUGACCAGUCUUGAAUCUUGUCACAGUGGCUUCUCUCAGCUCAGUGCUAGUACAACUUACUCAAGCCAGUCACAUGCCAGCUCCACUAUUUCAAGGUAGCAUCAGCCCAGCAGGUGUCCAAAGACAACAGCGAUCAAAACGUCUGACAUCCAGCUCUGUUUGUGCCUUAAACCUACAAAGACACUUGAUUAAAAAAAAAAUAAAUAAAAAUUAGAAUUAAAUAUGUCAUCUGAAAGCGAGAGGAGUGCAAGUAUCUCUUGGGGGUGUUGGUGAAGUAUCACUAGAGUGGGUUUUUGGAGAAGCAAGUUCCCGUGAAAAUCUGAUUACUGACUAAUUUUAUUAGACCUCUGUCUAUGAAGUAUGACAACACAGAAAAUUAGGAUGCCUCAAAAACAGCAGUUUUAGACAAGAUAAUUAAUAGUUAAAAAGAAAAGAGAAACAUUUACAAAAUGCAGAUUCACCUGUGCUGCUGUUACUGUCCACUGGGUGUCAGUGUACUCUGUGACUAGAGCUGAUCUCAGCUCUGCAGUGUUCUCAGCUCCAGGUUUAGCACACACACACACGCCCUCAUUUGGUCUUUAAGGAAAUCAGAGGGAGAAUUGUUGAAAUAAAGAAUUUAUUGCCAUUUUAAAUAUUCAUGUCUCUAGCGUGCAUCUUUGUACCAGAUGUUUGGAACGGUGACUGUGAUAACAGUGUUGUAUUGCAGUAGUGAAGUCACAUAAGUCAAAUAAGUUAUUUUAAAUUAGUUCAAAAAUAGAUGAGAGGUAUGGAAUGAAGUCUCUUUUUCAGAUUUGCAACACAGUCCAGAUUUCCUGUGAUAAUGGGUUAUUUUUACUUGUUAGCUGUAGCUGCUGUGUUUUCUGAGGCAGCUAAUUUGAAUGCAAUAUAACACAGUCCCUUGUGAUCUGGCGCAGGACCAAGCAGACAACUGAUUUACAUAAAAUUUUAAUUUCCAUAAACUUAUCAGAUGCUUCCAGCUAAAGCUUAAUUGAAUGUUCCUGUGUUUUGUUUUCUCUCUUUUCUUUCUUUGUCUGCAAACUUGUGUCAUGUUGCUGCUUCCCAACGCCAUAUAGGAUCAGGUGGAUUGAGUUUUCUGGGGGGCUGAUUGACGAGGUGCCUGACUUCCUGCUGGCAUGUCAUGGUUGUUAGUAAGAUGAAGUGCAUUUAUUUGCUAGAAGGUAAUGACCUGAAACCUUUGUAGUUCUUAUAAAUAAUUGAACCAUUCAUCUGAAAUGGAUACUUUGCUGAUAAAACCUCUGUCUUGAGGCUUAAACACAAUGUCUGUAAUGUAAUAUUUGGUUUACAAAUUAUAUAUCCCCUCUUAAAGCCACCUUAGGUUGAACUGGCACAAAAUUGCGAAGAGAUACACGCUUGACCUCAAAUAUUCCCCUCAAGCACUCUGAUGAUUAUUCAUUACAAAACGAAGGUGUAAACCAGGAGUUACUGCAGAAAAGGUCCAACUGAAGAGGAGCUAUGGUAGUUGAAUCAGUAUUCCACAGACAAUUGGUCAAAUAAAAAAUAUUUAUCUUGCAUUUUCCUCAUAUCGCAUAAAUGUUUGGAAUAAACCAAUUUUUAUUUGCAGCUGAACUUGUUAUUAGAUGCAUAUUGUGCUGAAGAUUUGAAUAUAUUUCAGUUUGUAAUACAAUGAUUUAAGAACACUUUUUUAUUUUACUAUGGUUUUAUUUUUAUGCAGCCCUCAGGUUGCAUCAAUUGUUCAUUUCAACAUCCCAUCGCUGCUGCAGUUGCGAUAAAAAAAAAACAAGAUUAUCUGAAAUUUGUCUAGGAAGAAAAA